CACUUUUUAGGCACCUAUUAUCUAUGUUAGGCACAGAUUGUUUUUAUCUUUACUUUGAGGUUAACGGAGACGGCAAUUUUUAAUUUUCUAAUUUAAGGAUAAUUGUUUAUAAUUUCGCUGCAAUUAAUAUUAUGAGUUGUAUUGUUAGUAUUAUUCUACAAGUUCAUAUACUUCACUUAGUGUGUGGUUUGACACAAUUACCUGAAGAAGUUUACAAAACUCUAUUCAAGCAAAGACGAGCAGAACAACUUGCAGCAGUAAAAAAUUUAAAGAAAUUAAGUAAUAUAGAGAAGCAACAUUCUAUGAUAAACCUAAUGGCUGAGAAGGUGUUUAGUAUUUUUGAAGAUUGCCGUGCUCAUAUUGAGUCAUCAGGUUACAUACCAGGCAUUUCAGAGUUUCCAAAUGACGAAAAAGUUCGGGACUGUUUGUCGAAUAUCCUCGAAAAUACAGCUCUUUUCUCCGAGGUCGUUCUUCGAUUUCCAGAUGUUGCAGAUGUAAUAUUAAAACAAAAUAACAAGUGGGAUAUUCAACUGCAAUGGACUAUAGCAUUCUGUUACCAAGUUGAACACCUUCUGGAUAAAAGUACUAUGAAAUUACUAAAUUUAGUAAAUCAAGAAUUAAAUUAUACUGAAAGAGAUCCCAAUUAUUUAAAUCCAUAUAGAAAAACUGUUUCAUUAAAAACUACAAAUAACACAAACACUUCAGUAAAAGAUAAAAAGAAAACAAAAAAGGUGUCAAAGAAAGGACCAAAACUGGCUAAUUUUGGUGAACUGUAAUUCAAAUUACUUUAAAAGAUUGCAGUUAGAAAAUUGCUAAUUAUUAUAUAUCUGUGAUGUAAUUUACAAUAACAAACAAAGGUGUAAUUGAAUUUGAUUUUAGAAAUAAUUCUAUUGCCUAAGAUUUAUAUAUUUUCAUAUAUCAUGAAUGAUUUCUAAAUUGAAAAACCACAACUCAGAAAAUAGAAGCUUUAUCAAUCAAACAGAUAAAAUACAUUGCAAUGUUCCAAUUAUUUUACUUAUCUAGCAGUUAUGAAUAGAUCCUGCAUCCAA